AUGAGACUAAAUAGAGAGUUGUAUCCUUCAUCCUACCAAGUCUCGGCGGGUCACGAGGUCACGGUCACCGACGCGGUGGCCGCGCCGCAGCCCACGCGUUCCCGCGGCCUCUCGGGCUCCCUCCCUCCGGCAGGCGUCGCCGGCCACAGCAGGGCGGGUGAGGAAGGAAGAGGACCCGAUCUUCCGUCCCCCUCCCGGGGACUCGGCACCCCGGGCCCGCCUUCCCUAGGAGCCCGCGCCUGCUCCAGCGCCCUGUGCACGCGCGCUGCGGCGAGCCGGGUCCUCCCUGGGCCAGGCGCGGGUGCAGGCCACCGCGACGGAACGCCGGGGCGCAGCUGGGAGGGAGCCGCGGGCAGGCCCGGGCCCAAGGCCAGGGCGCUGAGCGCGCGCAGAAAGGCCCGAGACCCCCCUGCGGCGGGAUCCCGAGGAGCGGGUGCGGGGGCCCGGGCCGCGCGGCCGCCGAGUCCGGGAGCCCUGGGCCGGGUGGGGGCGGGCGGAGGCGCGGGCGGAAACGCCCGGGGCGGCCGCGCGGGUCGGGCUGGGGGCACGGUGGAGGGGAGGGACGGGCCGGCGCCGGGCUGGGCUGCCCGGCCGGCUCACCUCGCCCGGGCGGCGCGCCCUGCGGGGACUCGCGGGGAGGAGAGGCAGACCCGCGAGCCUCGGGAUUCCGGGACCGCCCUCUCCCGCCCCAGGGCCAGCGGCGAGCGGCAACGACGGCUAGAGCCGCAGCGGCAGCAUGAGAGCGGGCUCCGCGGCUCCACGCCUGCGGACGCGCGGCGAGAGGCGGCGGCGGUGCCUGCGCGCGCCAUGGGGGCGCUGUGGGGCCCGGCGGGCGGCCGGCGCUUCGGGCGGCGCGGAUGCCGGGGGCUUCCGUGGAGCGCCCCGGCGCUGGCGGCUGCCGGCCUGCUGUGCACCGCUCUGGCCGCCUACUCCUGCUGGAGGCAGCUGCCGCCGCUGCCCUGGCCGUCCUUCGGCCCGCGGCGGCCGGUGGGCGUGCUGCUGUGGUGGGAACCCUUCACGGGGCGCGACAGCGGCGCGAGGCGGCCGCCGGACUGCUGGCUGCGCUUCAACAUCAGCGGCUGCCGCCUGCUCACCGACCGGGCGGCCUAUGCGGAGGCCCAGGCGGUGCUCUUCCACCACCGGGACCUCGUGAAGGGCGCCCCCGACUGGCCCCCGCCCUGGGGCGUCCAGGUGCGCGGGGCCGAGGGGCUGGAGUUGCAGGUGUUGGACGACGAGGGGGCGGCGGCGGCCGAAGCCCUGGCCACCUCGGGCCUCAGGCCCCCGGGCCAGCGCUGGGUGUGGAUGAACUUCGAGUCGCCCUCCCACUCGCCGGGCUUGCGAAGCCUGGCAGGUAACCUCUUCAACUGGACCCUCUCCUACCGGGCCGACUCGGACGUGUUCGUGCCUUACGGCUACCUCUACCCCAGGACCCAUCCCAGCGACCCGCCGCUGGGCCUGGCCCCGCCGCUCGCCCGGAAGCGGGGGCUGGUGGCCUGGGUGGUGAGCAACUGGGACGAGCGCCAGGCCCGGGUGCGCUAUUACCGCCAGCUGAGCCAGCACUUGGCGGUGGACGUGUUCGGCAGGAGCGGGCUGGGGCGGUCGGUGCCCGACAUUGGCCUCCUGCACACAGUGGCCCGCUACAAGUUCUACCUGGCCUUCGAGAACUCGCAGCACCUGGAUUACAUCACUGAGAAGCUUUGGCGCAACGCGUUGCUGGCCGGGGCCGUGCCGGUGGUGCUGGGCCCCGACCGUGCCAAUUAUGAGCGCUUCGUGCCCCGCGGUGCCUUCAUCCACGUGGAUGACUUCCCUAGUGCCUCCUCCCUGGCCGCCUACCUGCUCUUCCUCGACCGAAACCCGGCAGUCUACCGUCGCUACUUCAACUGGCGCAGGAGCUACGCGGUGCACAUCACCUCCUUCUGGGACGAGCCCUGGUGCCGGGUCUGCCAGGCUGUGCAGACCGCCGAGGACCGGCCCAAGAGCGUACGCAACUUGGCUCGCUGGUUUGAGCGGUGAAGCCACUCUCGCCUGGGUGUAACCCAGGGAGGUCAAAUCGUCAGCUCUUGGAGCCUCAGCUGUGCAUCUCCUGGACUCCUCAAUCAAGGGACGGAGUUUUCCAAACACCCAUUUGUACUCUAGGGGGAAAUGGUGAUUUACCAAUCGAUAUUACUCAGCACAAAGACGGGGUGGGAAGGAUUCCCGGUUCUCAUGGGUUUUUUGCACAAAUAGCAGUUGGGCUCUGUGUGCUGUAGAUGGACAUCAGUGUUCACCUGGGAAGAAGGGGGCCCUUCCUCACCUUGUAACCUGUGCAGAGGGGAAGAAACAGCCUACCUACCAGAAGCCUUUGAGUCAGUCGCUCUGACCUUCCUCAUUGGCCACAGGCCAUAUUUGUGGUCUGCGCUGAAUCCGAAUCCACACACACUGCUCCUUGGCGCCCGUUUCACUGGGCCGAUGCGCAGCAAGCCCCUGGUUUUAGGAGACUUGUUGCAGAAUAGUGACAGGACUAGGGCCACAAGUGGGUCUUUCUCUGUCUGGGCUGAAUUUUGAAAAGCCUCAUCUCCUAAGGAAGAUGAGGAGGGUGGUCCAAGAAUCCGCUGACUGUUACUUAACAAGUCCUUUUUGUUCCCUGGCCCUAUGAGUGCAAAGAAGCUGGUAGGUUGUCCUUGAAGGAGAGUUCAGGGGACUCUAUAGGUAUACCUCACUUUUACAAGUGUAGUUUGGAAAGCUGCUUUUAAAUCAAGUCUUAAAUUCACUGCUUUAGGAGAAUUCAGCAUUUAAUGCAGCCCUAUGGAGAAUCCCUUUGCAAUGUGAAUAAUCGUCUCCUAACUUAUUUCCUCUGUGUCUGUUUUUCUAUAACCUAAAAUUUUUUAAAAGCGCAUUAAAAUUACAGAUGUGAAAAUAAAGUGGAAGCAACCUCUUCCCUCUUUCCAGAAAACCAGCCUGUGUUUACAAACAGAGGAGAAGGAAGCCACGGUGUCGCUCUCCACAAAAUUAAUUUGUUGUCUUUUUUACUGGCCCUGAAAUUUCAGCAGGAAUGUCUGUCCUCCAGGGGUGCUGGCAUUACCCGUCUGCAGAACAAGGAACGAGAUUGUACCGCAUUAUGGAAUCAUGGAAGAGGAAAAAAGUUUCAUGGUGUCUGUUAAUGGCAGUUUUUUGUCGUCCCCCCCCCCCCCCCCCCGCCCCUGCCCGGCUCAGUUUUUAGUACGAUGUUUAGUUGCUGGGAAAUGAAACUAAAUUAGUGCCUGCAGUGAACUUUGGCUUUUGUUAAAACCUAAAUCUGCAACUUUCCUUGGGGCCAGCAGGUUCCCCUCCUGGUCUGCAUAGUAGUACAGUACAGUACAUCCUCAUAUGCCUAGAGACCUUGAGACUGUGUCAUGGGGCCAACUUUGAAAAUAUAUGCAUUGCCUUGAAAAGUUGUUGAAUGAAUAGCUUACUUAGUAGGUGUCACCGCGCGCCUACUCUGUGCCAAACACUGGGCUGCAGGUACCAGGAAAGACACACAAAUGUGUAAGGCAAGGAGGGUCCUUUCCUUUAAGGCUCCUCGAAUCUGCCACCGCCACCAAGUAAAUAAUUAACUUUGAUACAUCAGUUGGCAGCAUCUAUUUGUUUAAAGUGACAUUCUUUAAUGUAAUAUAGGCCAUAGGUCAGUUAUUAGAAAGCCAGUUGAUUUACAGCCUCAAACAAUCAUUUCUUUUUCUCCUUGAUUUGAUUAUUUUUUUCCAGUUUUAUUGAGAAAUAAUUAGCACAUGUCACUGUAUUAAGUUUAAGGCAUAGAGCAUGAUGGUUGGUUUACAUAGAAUGUGAAAUGAUUAUUGCAAUAGGUUCAGCUAAUACCCAUCAUCUAAUAUAGAUACAAUAUAAAGAAAUCCUCGAUUUAUUAUAAUAAGGACCCUCAGUGACUAUUGUGGGUACGAUCCGAGAUUAAUUAGUUUUAUAUGAAGUUCUGCUGUAAACAGUAACUAUGGACUUGAUUAGGACAAUUAGCUGAAUCAUAAAGUAAGUUUUCUUUCUGUGCAUUUGUUGCAGACUCACUUGAAAAGCUCACUAAAACCCAAUUCUUUCUUCAAUUCUUUCUUUUCCUUAAAAGGAGAAAUUAAAGCCCAUGGAUAAAAUUUCCUUAUUUAAAUACUAUAGUGUGGAUGGAAUUACAAAGUAUCAGCCAGCCAAUAAAGAAAAAGUUAAAAUUCUAUUCUUUUUUAAAAAAGAUUUUAUUUUUCUAUUUGAGAGAGAGAGAGAGAGUGCGCUCUAGCAGGGGGGAGGGGCAGAGGGAGAAGCUGACUCAGAUCAUGACCUGAGCUGAAGUCAAACACUUAACUGACUGAGCCAUCCAGGUGCCCAGAAAAAUUCUAUUCUUAAAAUGAGUAUUUAUGAGGUAUUGGCCAAUGAUCUUGGUGUCGUUGGGAAUCUACAUGAGGCAGUGGGAGAGUGGACUUUGGAGGUAAUCUGGCUUAGAUUUAAUUCCAGCUAGUGUGACCUCUGCAAAUUAGUAAUAACUUUGAGCCUCAGAUUCCUUAUCUGAAAAAUGAAGGCGGACAAUACUUCACAGUUCAUUGUGAGCAUUAGGGGAAGUAAAAUAAAGGUGCCUAACAUACAGCAGUCAGUUGGCAAAAAAGAAAUUUUUUCCUCCUUUUUUUGUGGGGAUUUCAGGCUGCUCCAUAUCCAUUUGUAUGUCUAAAAUUAAAUCUCAACAUAUAUUUCAGGAUAUAUCUGAAACAAAAAGGGGCCUCAUAUUCUGUGUUUCAAAUAUAUCCCUAAAGCUAAACUGUAUUAUUUCAAGAAUCACAUUGUUAUUUAGAUUGAACUUGAAUUUGCACACUAGGAGGAAGCGUCUGGCUUUCUUUGAAAAAAAAAAAGUGAGUUAUAGUUACAGGAGUAACUAUUUUACUGGUGCUCUUCUUAGUGGUAAGUCUUUAAAACUAACCACACUUAUUAAAUAUUUAGCAUAAAGAAGGUAUAUUUGCAUUUUUAUUCAUGUGCAAAUUUUGGGUAUAGAACCAGCAGAAUAUUUUUUUUCGGCUGAUCUCGUCAGAGAGUAAGAGAAAUAUAGCAAUUGCUCAUUUUAUGUUUUUCAUAUUCUAAAUUGAGUAGGUUAAAAUUCAUAUCCAUUCAUAAAAGAAUCAUAUAUACUUAAAAAUGUCUUUUCUAUGAUUGUCAUGCCCUCCCUUUAAGGCAUAAACGUUUCUUUCAAAUUUAUUACAAAUUUCAUAUUUUUGGCACUUGAUGACUAAUGACCCGAGCACACCCGGAAUGCCAUUGGGAUCGGGAAGACAGGCUGACUUGCUUUCACUAUUCACACUCCUUUCCAGCUUCUAAGCCCUUCCCUGGCAGUAAGGUAGAGGAGGCAGUGUGGCCUCAUGGAGAGAGUUUGCAGUUUGGGGUCAGAACCUGGGUAUGUGGUUCUGCCACUUUCUGCCCCUGUGAUCCUGAUUAGGCAAGUUACUGAAACUCUCUGAGUUUUAGCUUCCUCCUUUAUAAUGCAUGAAUGCCCCGGCAAAAUGAGGAUUAAAUGUGAUUAUGUGGCCCAAAGUGCUUUGUACAUGGUGAAGUGCUACACAGUUACAGUAUACUCCAAAUUUUCAAAGUUCUAGAACAGGACGAGCAAACUCUGUAAAGGGCCAGAGUAAAUAUUUCAGGCUCUGCAGGCCAUCCAGUCUCUGCGGCUACUAACCUCUGCUGAUGGAGCGCAAAGCAGCCUUUGACAAGACAUAAACAGAUGGGGUGCCUGGAUUUGGCCGUAGUUUGUCAACGCUGUGCUAGACUUUUAGACUUCUAAGGAAUCUGAGAACCUACCUGAUGGGUAUUUCUUAGAAGGGAUCUAAGAAUUGGAAUCGAAGAAUUUUGGAGGCAGAUAUUCCUGGGUUCCUAGAUCAGCUUUGCAACAUUUCCUAGUUGUCUUACUUUGGGUACGUCCUCUAAGCCUUCUGUGUUUUGAUAUUCCCAUCUCUAACUGAAGGUAAUCAUCUUAGUUUCUGGAGGUGUUGGGAGAAUUCGAUCACACUUCCAGUCCUUAGUGCAGUGUCUGGCACAGAGGAAGCACCUGGAAGAUGUUAGCUGUGAUUAUCCCCGUCCGUUUUACAGAGGAAGGGGUCCAGACCUGCCUGAGGUUAUGGUCGUCGUGGCAGAACCAGUUGGGCUUGUCACAAGUCACAACCCCUUUGAGCCUCUGUCACUCGAACUGCAAAAUGAGGGAGUUGGACGAAGUCUUUUUUUGGGACCUUCUCGUUUCCCUCGCCAUCAUUAUGCCAACUGGCACCCCAGGGCUGAGGAACUGAGUCACCUCCCCGUGUGCCUUCCUUACAGUCUGGAAAUGACUUGCUACCCAGCAGCAGUAAACUGGCAGAAAACUAGGCAGCAGAGAGACUGAUUUAGCGUUAAACAUGCAUAUAUAUAUAUUUAUGGACACACACACACACACAUAUAUUAAAGUGUCACAUGCCUUAGAUAUGAGGGAAGGGAGCCCAGUUCUUGGUAAUCAGUAUGGUGAAUAAUUGCACUGAAUACAUUUCAAGUCCUUUUUGGAUGUGUCUCAGGGACUUUUAUGCUACACAUUCUUAUAACAAAUCAAGUAUGUAUGCAUGUUCAGAUUGUUUUGAUAAAAUGAUUAAAAUGUUGAGAUGGAAAACGACUCCUUGUUUAAAAUGUACUUCCUCCAGGCACUAACGUGUGCAACCAUGACACGUGGGGUGUUUCUUGGUUGAGGGGUUUUAAGUUCAUCAGUCCUCCUGGAUUAGUGACUAAAAUGUGACAGUUUGUCUGUUCUGAGUUGUGCCUGGUCUAAUUCAGCUCGUCCUUUUAUCUUUCUUGCCUGGCUUCUUCACUUUAACCUGGUGACUUGUCUCCAGGGGCAUAAGUAGUGUUUUCCUUUCUCUCAUUCCAAUUUA